UCAGCGUAACCUGUACGAUAUUUGAAAUACGAACUGCCAUUAGUUGUGCUAAAGUCAGACCGUUUGUAACUACGUCUGCGUUUGCUUUGUAGUAACUUUCCUAAAAUACUGUUUCCGAGCGUUAUUGUUGAAAAAAAAAACGAAGGUGCCCAAAAACAUGGAGUCUCGUUUUGCUCAUCUUCGGCAGAGGGACACAAGUGUGUCGAUGUUGAGGGUAAAAGUGUCCCGCAGGAGGUCCCAGUCCCAAAAGGCGAACCGAGAGCGGACCGUGAACACACGCAGACAGCUGGGUCCGCUCGCUGAGCUGGAAAAUUCUUCCCAUAAUGUGUCCGCUGCAACAGUCAACUUGUCAACUACUCGGGAGAAGCAGAACAAUGCCAAAUUUGCUCCAACUGUUGCACAAGAGGAGCGACUGAAACGACUUGAGCGCUGGAAAGAACAGAAGGCUCUUGAGAAGGAGAAGGAAAAUAGAGCGAGGGAGCGUAAGGGAGUAUUUAAGACUGGUGUCUUCCAUCCGAAGGACACCUUCAUGUUCAACUCCCUGCCUGCUGUUCCACCUGCCGUGUCCAGACCUAAGGAGAAGAUGAAUGCAGCUCUAUACCAGAACACAAGAGUCCUGCGUUCUAUGAAACAGCAGCAGCAAGAACCACAAAAGCCCCUAGCAAUGCAGAACCCAAAUACUAAAGUAAACGGAGGAAAACAAACCAGGACACGUGCAGCCCCCGUCAAACCUGCACCAGCUGCUGCCAAGUCUAAAGUUAGUGCAGGCUAUGCUGUCGUAGCGGGACCUGCACGAGCUUCAUCAACCAGAUCAGCCAGCAAGACUCUGGUUACAAAAGACGGUCCUAAACCUAAGGCUGCAGGUAUGAGAACUACCAGGUCCACAGCGGUUGUUAAACCUCUGCCCCCCUCAGCUGGUGAAGUGGAGAACUGUAAAGCUGUGAGCAUCGCCACAAACGCUGCAGCCUCCAAGGAGCCAGAGCUGGGGGGGCAUCAGACCCAGGAAGUAGAGAAAAGCAUUUCUCCUGAGGUUGAAGACAUGAUGGUGGACCAUCCCCCCGAGGAGCUCGUUCCUGCCGGCACUCCGUCCUUUGCUCCGAAGGGAUUCGUGUUCCAGGCUCCUGCUGGAUUGUUGUCCUUUAACUUUGAGCCGAUGACCCCCCGUUCAGCUGACUCCUUCCUCACACCAAGUUCCAGUUUCAUUUUUCCUCCGGUCCCAACUUUGAACGAUGAGGCACGGUCAGCGCUGAGUGAACCCACUCCACCAGAGGCUCCUCUCUGCCCUCCUUGUUCAGCUCCUUCAGUUGCUCCUCCAACUCCAGGGAGUUCCUCUGAACCAAAGCAUGAUGUAGCUUACUUCAGACUGGAAAUUGCAAAUGAGAUGGACAGACUAACAUCCCUUUGUCUCUAUUGGGAGUCUAAAGUGGAGGAUGAAUCCAUCCCAGAAGAAAUGAGGGAUCGAAUGCGUACGGCUGUGGGACAAGCUAGGCUGCUGAUGAAAGAGCGCUUCAAGCAGUUCGGUGGUCUGGUGGAUGACUGCGAGCUGGGGCGUGGGGAGAAAGUCACCACCUGCAUGGACCUGCAGGGAUUCUGGGACAUGGUUUUUUUCCAGGUGGAAGAUGUCAACAAGAAGUUUGAUGCUCUGAAAGAGUUGGAGGGUCGAGGCUGGGUGGAAGAGCACAAACCACCACCCCGUCAGAGGAAAAUGAAGAAACCACCAGCAGCCGCCCCCAAACCAGCAGCGAACAAGACUGCAGCCAAGUCUCGUCUGGCGGCUGCGAAAGCUGCCAUGAAAGCCAAGCAGCAGCAGGAGGCGGAGGCGGAGACGGCAGCUGAAGAUCCUGUAAAGUCCCAGGAGCUGCAGCUUCAAACUCAGGGGACUGUGGCGUUUGAUGGAGUCUUCAAGGUGGAGAGCCCAGCUAAACCAUCAGUCAGGAGAUCUAGCAGGCUCAGCGCCGUCGUGCUUCCUCCGGCUUCUCCUUGUUCCCUCUUCUCUCCCAGAAGAGUCAGUCGAAGGUCUCGGGUGGUGGCCCAGACUCCUGCUCGGCCUAUCUGCCCUCCAGAGAAUUUCUGCCUUGCUCUUGAGCAAACUCCGGCUCCAAAGUCCCAGCGAGGCACUCCUCAGACCUCUCACAGCAAACAGGACAUGGCACACACCUCUCUUUGUUUUUCACCUGUGAAUGAGGUGCCUUCAGAGGAGCUCCAGUCCAAGCAGAACCUCACACAACGGUCAGAAUGCGUGUCCAUGGAGGAAGACGUUUUGAUCAACUCAACAGCUGAUAAAAUAGAGGACAUCCGUCUCUCACCACGUCGUUCCCCCUCUCCGUGCCAAACUCCCUCUUUAGUUCUCCAGGCUCCAGAACCUCCACCCACCCCAAGUUUCACGCCGUCUCCCAUUGUUCCUCCUGCUCAGACACCCGUCUCCUCUCCUGUGCAGUUCUCCAUGCAGACCCCACCCUCUACAGAUGCUUCCACAGUUGAGGAACUUCCUGGUUUGGACAUUGAGCGCUACUUGCAGCCCUCACAGAGAUGCAGCAUGUCCCCCGUGGGAGCAGAUGUAGAGAUGGAGAGUCCCAGCAGUCCUGAGGAGCUCCUCGUGCCGCAGGAACCAGCGGUGUCUUCGGUGCUGGCCGUUCCGUCGUGCAAGAUCCAGACAGCAGAGUCUGACAUGCUUCUGUUCACCCCCAACCCCAAGGACCGAAUCCGUCCAUCUGUCUGUCCGAGUGAUCUGAUGGUCUUCACCCCUCCCUCCUUCUAACAUGGGACUAACAUCUGGACGUCUUUGAUUUUCGUUUAUUGUUUUAAAAAGACACAAGUUAUUUUCUCAUUAGUUUUAUUUUAACACCAGAAGAAAAUAGUUUUGUAGUUUUGUUUUGAUCAAAGUUGUUAUUAAAGUUCUUGUUAUAACCAGAAGAUUUUGGUUCAAAUUUAAACACUUUGCUUUUUUUUUUAAGACUGUUGAUGUAUCAAGUAAAGCAUAGAAGAUUUCUGUUUUUAGAGUUUCUCUUUAUAAUCUGCAAUAAAGUUUCCUUGGUUGCUGCUUUUUGGCACAAAGGAUCAAAUUCAAACACUCUAACAAGAAAAAAAACAACAUUGCACACCAAUUAAAACUCCUAACUUGUA